UUCAAUCAACCAAGAUUUAAUACCAAAGCAAAGAUUAAAUUUUGAUUUUGGGUUUCGCCGGCCGCUCUCCUACUUUACUCGUCACCACACACACACACACCAAAGCUCAAAGAGUGUGAAGAUGGUGAGCAAAACCGAGGAAGAACAACUGAUUAGAUUGGAAAACCAAGUGGAGAACGGCGGUGGCGGCGCGUGGGAGUACCUCUGCCUCGUCAGGAAGCUCAAGCUCCGCCGCUCCGACAGAGUCUUCAAGUACGGCUCCGCCAUUCUCAGCGACCCUAAGAAGCGAUCUGCACUUGGCCCAGAAGAAUGGACAUUAUAUGAGCAAGUUGCUAUUGCUGCAAUGGACUGCCAGCGUCUUGAUGUGGCAAAGGAAUAUAUCAAGAUCUUGCAGGGGAAGUUUCGUGAGAGUAAACGAGUUGGAAGGCUGGAAGCAAUAUUGCUUGAAGCCAAAGGUCUAUGGGCAGAAGCUGAAAAGGCCUAUUCCAGCCUUUUAGAAGAGAAUCAAUUUGAUCAGGUGAUACACAAAAGAAGGGUAGCAAUGGCUAAGGCACAAGGAAAUCUUUCAGGAGCAAUUGAGUGGUUGAACAAGUAUCUUGAAAUAUUCAUGGCAGAUCAUGAUGCAUGGAGAGAACUAGCAGAAAUAUAUGUUUCUCUUCAAAUGUAUAAGCAAGCUGCCUUCUGUUACGAGGAGCUGCUCUUAUCUCACCCAACUAUUCCACUAUACCACCUUUCCUAUGCUGAUGUGCUCUACACACUUGGAGGAGUUGAAAAUCUUCACGCGGCAAAGAAAUAUUAUGCAGCAACUAUAGAUCUGACUGGUGGCAAGAAUAACCGGGCUCUUUUCGGCAUAUGCCUGUGCGCUUCAGCUCUUGCACAGUUGACUAGAGGUCGUAACAAGGAUGAUAAAGAGAACUCGGAACUGCAGUCUCUCUCAGCAGAAGCAUUGGAGAAAGCCUAUAAGCAGCAAUCCCCUACCAAAGUUUCAGUCCUGAGUUCUGCCCUGAGAAGCUUGAAAGUCUCGUCAUGAUCCAUAACUCGUGAUAGCUCGAUGCCUCAAUGAAAGGCCAUACAGUGCCUCAGGAGCGAUAUAUUGAAAACGUUAUUGUUUAGCCUGCUGCUUACGCUUGAGCGACACGAUUUUUAAAUUUGAGCAAAUUUGAUUGAAUAUAAUUGUUGACUAUACUAGAGGAUUAUAACCGAUUCCAUGUAAGAUUCAGUCCUGUUAGCUCACUGAACCCUCAAUAAGUUAACAUGUUUUAUUUUAUUUUCCCUGCAA